UGUCGUUCUGUCGCACCAGGACCGUUGCGGAAAGGAAGGACACACACAGGCGCGCACACACACACACACACAAACAAGACACUCACACACACAUACACGCACGCACACACACAUACACACACAUACAGACACACACAGCCAUGUCAGCGACGCUGCAGGCGGCUGGCGUGGGAGCCAGGCUGGAGCCACCAGCUGUCAUCAUUGACUACAUUGAGCGAGCAACAGGAAGGAGACGAAGACGGAUCAUUCCCGUGAGACGCAAGUACAACGAAACGCCCACCCAACUUCUGGACAUGAUGCGACUACAUCACGAGACGUACCUCGACUGCAUUGGCGAGACAAAGGUGUUGCAGGCGCUGCAGGCGCUGGUGGAUGCGAUGGACAAUGUGAAGGAAGGCAACUUAAACGUGCUGCCAGAUGAGGUGCUGGAGGCAAAGAAGAAGGAGAUGGAUGCGGACUUUGAGCGCAACCGCGUGAGCAAAGACAGCACCGACUUUGAAUACGACGUGCAGAAGGAAUUUGGGCCUGCAAAGGAGGCGAGUGGGUGGGAUUCAGACGGCUCAGAGGACAGCGAGUGGUGAUGCAAAUGCACAUGUCAAUGUAGUGAAGUGCGCGUGUGUGCAUAACAGUGUUGUCGCUGUUGUGCUGUCAUGCUGUCGUUGUACACGUUCAUCACUGCGUGCUGGGCGCCUCUUGUUCAAAUUAUGUUUCAUGUUACAUCUGAGACACGCACCCCUUGUCACGCAAGCAGGCUGCUGGCUGUAUCCUUUUCAUGCGCGCGCGCGCUGUGUGUGUGUGUGUGUGUGUGUGUGUGUGUGUGUGUGUGUGUGUGUGUGUGUGCGUGUGUGUGUGUGUUGCGCACCUCUCUCACAUGCAAGCAAGUGUGCAACGUUCUUUCCUCCUUCUGUUUUCUUGCUGUACAUAUGACAGUCGUGCCACCGCGACGCACAAAACAGUGAACGACGGAAACACGAGACAACAGCAACACAUGUGCAUGAACGUGACAACGGCAACAAGACAGCAGACAAAGCGUUCCCUGACACCAGAGAGAAAAGCAUCAAAUAUAACACAUUGUGUCGGCAGCAAGCAAGCGCACCAACAAAGAGGCAGCAACAGCAGGAUGUGGAG